AAUUAUAUUGCUCAUGACUCAAUGAUGAAUUUUGUUGCUUGGAUUAGAAAGCUAAAUUCUAAACACGGUGAGAAUUGGGGAAGAUGCAUAUGGAAGCUCAAAAGUAUUUGUGGGAAGGAGCAAUUCCACUUCAGAUUCAUCUCCAUGAAUCAGAAGUCACCACUCUCCCUCCUCCACCUCCCGCUUUGAUCUUGGCUCCACGGAUGGGCUAUCUCCCGUUGUUAUCUGCUCUUGUAAAGCCCUACUUUAGCAGUGCACUUCCUCCUGGUGUUGACACCGUUUGGUUUGAGUACAAAGGGUUGCCUCUCAAAUGGUAUAUACCUACUGGAGUUCUUUUUGAUCUUCUAUGUGCAGAACCAGAAAGACCUUGGAAUUUGACGGUACAUUUCAGAGGAUAUCCUGGAAAUAUAUUGAUCCCAUGUGAAGGUGAAGAUUCUGUGAAGUGGAGCUUUAUUAAUUCAUUGAAAGAGGCAGCAUAUAUAAUUAAUGGAAACUCCAAAAAUGUCAUGAACAUGUCUCAAUCUGACCAGUUGGAGCUUUGGAACUCUGUGAUGAGCGCAGGUAAUCUGGAAGCUUACCUACGAGUGUCAUCUAAACUUAAACUUGGAACAGUUGAAGAUGAGUACACCAUAAAAAUGAACUUGUCAACUAAAUCUGGACAAGGAACUGGUGAGACAGAUAUGGCUGGACAAGUGAAGACAGGUAGAAUUCCAGUUCGAUUGUAUGUUUGGAGUGUCAAUGAAGAUUUUCAUGAUUUAGAAGAUGCUCCUAAAAUUGAUAGUUGGGAUAAAAUCUCUUUUAUAAACCGACCAGCUGAGAUUCACACAGAAGAAGGUAAAUGCUUCACAUUACACGAUGCUCUUAAAGGGCUUCUACCAGAAUUUUUCUCUGACUUGCCCUUGAUUGGUGAGGAAUCGCCAAAACUAGAAGACGAGGAUAAAACGAAAAUUCCUUCAGAAGAUGCCAGCAGCAAUAGAAGUGCAGAAGAAGGGGUUGAAAAUUUAUGUGAACAUAUGGAGUCAUCGUGCACAACCACAAUUGCCGAAAUCAAACUUGUCCGCAUCCAAGGGAUAGAACCGAAACUGGAGAUACCAUUCUCAUGGGUGGUAAACAACUUAAUGAACCCUGAGCACUUCCUUCAUAUCUGCAUUUGUAUCAAAGUUCCAGCAGGUAAUACUAUAUGAUAGGUCGCGCUUCAACUAUUCUUUUUCUAAAUUCAUUGCGUUCUCAGUUGGGAUCACUUCACUGUUGCCUUUCGUUCAAAAACAAUUCAUUUAUUGUAUAGAAUUGUACAGAAUAGAUUUCACAUUGUAUUGAUUCUCUUUGAGCCAAACCAAACAGAAGAAAAUAGCAAUAUCAAAGAAAAAAGAAAAGAAAAUGCAUUUUAC